AUCUUUGUUCCCUUAAUCCAAAGCAUCUUAUUUUUAUGUACAUAGUGACGGAGAGGCUAGUUUGCUGAAGCUCCGUUCAUUUUAUUAGCGGGAUAUCAGGCGAGAGAAGAGGCUAAAACGCGACGGGAACACGUGUGCGUUUGGGAUUAAGGACACCAAAUAAAAUAGAAUAAAAUUAAAUCACCUUUGAAAUCGAGGAGAAGGAGAAAAAAACGCCCGAGGCAGACCAGCCAUUUAACAAAUUACCUUUUCCCAGGACUUGUAUAUAGCUGCACACACAAGCCUCAAUAAGAAAUGUCUGCCCCAGGCCCUGCCGGCGCCCCCGCCCCAGAGGGAGGCAACCAGGCCCCUCCAAACCUGACCAGCAACCGCCGCUUACAGCAGACACAGGCCCAGGUGGACGAGGUGGUGGACAUCAUGCGUGUGAACGUAGAUAAGGUCCUUGAGCGUGAUCAGAAGCUUUCAGAGCUGGAUGAUCGGGCCGAUGCGCUGCAGGCUGGAGCCUCGCAGUUCGAGACCAGUGCUGCCAAGCUGAAGAAUAAGUACUGGUGGAAGAAUGCCAAGAUGAUGAUUAUCUUGGGAGUGAUAUGCGUGAUUGUGCUCAUCGUCAUCAUCGUCUACUUCAGCACCUAAAGGCCGAUGCUCCUGCCCCAAGUCUGCGCUCAUGACCACCCGAUUUACAACAGCUGAAUUAUCUACCCCCGCAAAGAGUGUAAAUCUCUCCCCUCGAUGAACCCUGUAACACCACCACCGCCCCUCCCCUCCCACUGAACCCAGAUCAACCUUACCCCAGCCCCCAGAGCGGGACCCCAGUCUCUCCGUCCAUCCCCACAUCCGGCCGUCUGUCCUGUCCAUCCAUUCUGUUGUGAGUGUGUGGUCGUGUAUCCUCUGUAAAUACCCCCCUUUCCCUGCCCCUUGUUGCGCUGUUUUCUGAAAUAUUCCUCACAAAUUGUCAAUUACAAAACGAACGUCGACCAUUGGGCAUAUUUACAGUCUAAAGUGAUAUAUACAUAUAUAAAUAUAUAUGUUUGUGUGUGGUGUCUGUACACACCUACAUAUAUAUGUAUAAAAAUUGUCCUUUGUAGACUUUUAUUCUGAAAUACCCUUUUUUGUAGUUUGUGUGCGUGAAUGUGUGCAUUUGUAAUUUAUUUAUUUAUUUAUUUAUUUAUUUUUGUACGACUCCUUUGGCUUCAAACUUGACAAAACUGCCUACAGAUCUGUGUUUAUAUAUAUAUAUUGCACGUUCUUUCUCUCAUUCAUUUGCUGUCCUUCUUCCUCUUCCUCUGCUUACUGUUGCUCAGUGAGUUCUAGUUGUGUGCUUUUUUUAAUGGGAGUCAGACUCCUUUUACUCCGUUAAUCGAGGUAUGAAAUCCAGACUUUUUCUUCCAAGCCCACAUGUUACAUGACAUCAGAUCCACUCAGCAUGCCGCUGUUCUUAUCUUUAUUUCUUUCUCUUUUUUUACAUUUUCUUACCAAUGAUAGAAUCGUAGCCUUUAUUUUUCUUCUUCUUCGUAAAAACUGCCACAAAAUGAUUUGGACCAAUGUCUGUAGAUGUCUUUAUUUUUUUUACGUCUUUUAGUGUCUUAUCUCUUAAACAUUCCUUUGUAGCAGUGUAGGAGUAUGCUGCCUAUAACAAUGCAUGCAGAUGUACAGGGAGCGGCGGAUGUAGAAAAAAAAAGCUGUAGUCGUAGAGUCGAAAUGAUUGCCAAUAAAGUCGAUACCGAAUCCGUUAGGGCCUAGCUCCGUAAAGUACGCUAUGAACUGCAGUUCCAUUAACAAACCGGUGGUUUGGAAGCAUGCUAGCUUAUAGACACAGGCUGUUGUUUGUCUCAUACUUUACAUCUCUAAACACUAAUUAGGGCCAAAAAGAAAACCAGAGAUCUUUAGUAAACAUUUUAAUGGGGAAACAAUCAUGCACAAGAACCUUGUUUUUGAUGGCGCUUUUUAACUUGACUGAUUUAGAGCGAAGCAGAACUGCACAAUCGUGCAACUCUCUCAUGGAGCAAUCUGAAUCCACACACAAAACCUGUUCAAAAGUGCAACCGAGCCGAAACAUCGCCAGCAAAAUGAGUUCAGCGUUAAAGCACACUGGUUGUACUGGCGUGAGUGGGUUGCUAGUGCUGCGUUCCUGCCUCACUUUGUCUUAUUAUAUAGAGAUAAUGCCUUUUGUUAGUUUUUUUUUAAAGUAGAAAUAGUUAGUAUUUGUAUUCAGAGUAUUUUGUGUAUGUGUGUAUGUGUGUGAGUGUGAGAUGCAGGCAGAAAGGGACCAGAUCAUUCAGGCCUUUAUUUGCUGCGCUGUCUGUGUGUGUUUGUUGGUUUUAGCUCUGUAGUUUAUACACUGCCAAGCACCUGGGGGGAUGUUUUUUCUUUCUCUCUUCAUGUUCGCAGAGCCCCCAUUCAACCGCACCCACUCAGAAUUACCCAUCAUCCUCCAGUGCUCCAGUCACACAGGCCCAAUCUGUCAGCAUUAAAUGAGCCAGCGAUGAUGUGUGCAGCCAGAUCACAUACACACACUCGCACUUGUCUCUAGACACCUUCAUACACUGAGGGAUGCAUCCUGCACUUCCAUAUUUUCUCUUUCUCUCUCUCUCUCUCUCUCUCUCUCUCUCUCUCUCCCCUUCUAUCUCUCUCUCUCUCUCUCUGUCUCUGCUUGUUUGCACAGCUGGCUUGUGUAUAUUAGCCACUCCAUCCAACCAGAUUAGGUAGCUCAGACCUUACAGGACCUAAAGUAAUGGCUGCAGAUCAGCUGAUUAAUUUUGACAGUGGAUGGAGCCAGUUAUUCAGCAUAAAAGGCAUUGGCAACUCCGUAAGAGUGUCUUCAGUGUAAACAACCUGUUUUGGCAUUCCUGUAAGGUCUUAAACCAAAACAGGUCAGUUCUCAGGUAUAACACAACACUCUCCUAGCAAAACAAGGACAGUUUGGUCUGGAGCUCCCUUGUCAUCCUCACUGUUACAAUCAUCCAGCAAAAAACAUCUCUGUCUAAACGGAAAUGGCCUUAGAACGUUUCUCCCUUGCCCGAGCCAUUGCCGAGCUUGUAUUCUUCCUACGCGUUAUCCCACCCAGAUAGAGCAAAACUAAUUUUAAGGAAAAUGACCAAAGACCAUAUUGUCUUGCUUAUGCUGCCAAAUGCCAUCAAAAACAGGUUUAGAGACAUUUCCCCUCUCUGGUUCAUAAAAGCACUCAAAAGCCCCAAUCUGCUGGCAUUUUCAGGUCAUUUGACAUAUUUUACUUGAAUUAGAAGGUAGCGGUAAAGAAUCCGAGAGUGAAUCUAAUUAGAGUCUAAAGCCAGACAAAAGAAAGAAUGACGCUGAUUUAGCCCUGGACCUGGCCUGGUCUUAACUAACGUCGAUAGCACAACUUCUUUAUUUCUGUCUUAUUUCUGUGAUGCUGAGUAAGAAAUGAAACAUUUAUCUGUAGCUGUUACGAUAUAUAUAUAUAUGAGUAUAUAAAAAAUGAAUCAACAAAAUCUGUAUCGUUUGGUGUUGUACUGUGGGAGAUAUCUGGGGGACAGGGGUCCAUUUUUUUCUAAGUACGUCCAAAUUUAAGACCAAUUUUCCAACAGAAUAACAGAAUCGCGGAAAUAUAAAUUGACCGGAAAGCAUGUGCUGGGGUAGGAAUCGUACAUGAAUGGACAAAUCACAACGUGAUGUGUGUGCGUGCUGCGAAGAGGACUAAUAAAACUUGAUGUGUGUAUGUAUGUGUGUGUGCGUGUGUGUGUGUUUUCUGUUUAAUUCUUUAUACGUCUUCUUUAUGUACGUACAUGCGAGUACGAAGCCAUUUCUUUGUGUCGCUGUUUAUUUAAUUUCGUGUGUGGAUAGAGGGAACAGGCGCGGGUGGUCCUGUGUGCAAACGCCCCGUUGAAGUUAGUGUGCCCUUUUUACUGGAGGGACCAAAAGGGGGCUCCGUAACUUCAGCGGAGCGGAUAGGAAUCACGAUAACGAUAAAGAUUAAUUGUCCAUCGCACGCAGUUUAUUUACAUUGACCUGUUGUAAGAGAAAUUGUUUACUUUCCUGUUUUAUUGUUUUCGAAGCAGAAUUGAGUUGAGGCCUAAAGGUGGCACUGCUUUUUGUGAAAAGAGGACUUUUAUUUUGUUAUUUAUGUUGUUUUAUGCUUAUUUUUUUAAAGGUGAGAAUGAGCAUAUAAUAGAAAAUGUAAUAAUGGAAACUGAAACCUGCCUUAUUAAAAGGCAGCCUGAAAAAAACAAAAACAAGCAAAAAAAAAGUGUGUACAGAAAGCAAGACAACACCAUUCACGUAGAUGCUGUCAUUCAAAGCAGGAGUGUCUCAAAUGAAAAGGCUGGCUUUUUGAAUAAUGGGCGGAGCUAAAGCAGAUACUGAAUGAUGGGGGCUUAGGAGAGCCUGUAGAGUUUUGGUACUGGUCAGUUAGAAGGGCAUUGGUGUCGCUGUACUUGGUAACACUGUUCAUGUUUAAUUUCUUUAUUUUGUUUAAUUUAGGAAGGCUUGGAGAAAGGGGGUUAGAUGAGCAUUGCCUCUGAUCGGUCAGCCUUUUUUUUUUUUUUGGAGGGACCAGGCUGGAAGACCACGGGCAAUGCACUCCCCGCACUCUUAUUUGAUUUAUUUGCAUAUGUUUUGUUGUCUUUAUUUCCAGUGUUUUUGAAUAUAAAAACUGGAUGAGAUACCAUGUUACAGGAAAUCAUUUGAAAACCAGACCUACAUGGCAACAAUUGUAGAGUAAAUCUGUCAAUGUCUAAUUAUAUUGAUGAACAUCUUGGGAAAAUAUAUAUAUAAAUAUACAUAUAUAUUGGAAAAAAUGACAAUUAUGAUGACCUGUGUUUAUUGUUCCAAGUUAGAAAUUAAAAUGUGUGUGUGUUUGAAAAACAAUGACAUUAAACAUAAAUGAAAUAUAUGAUUAAAAAA